CCGCGCCGCCACAGGCGAGCAGGACAGAAGAGCGAGAAGAUGCAGAUCUUCGUCAAGACGAUGGCGGGGCAGACCAGCACCCUCCAGGUGGAGAACAGCUACACCAUCGAACACGUGAAGGGCAGAAUUCAGGACGAGGAAGGGAUUCCUCCAGAUCAACAAUGUUUGCUAUUUUCUGGCAAACGCUUGGAAGAUGGACGCACACUUGCUCACUAUAACGUUCGAAAGGAGUCCACUCUUCACAUGCUCCUCAGGCUCAGGGGUGGUACUAUGAUCAAGGUUAAGACUCUCACUGGAAAGGAGAUCGAGAUUGACAUUGAACCUACCGACACAAUCGAUAGGAUCAAGGAGCGUGUUGAGGAGAAAGAAGGCAUUCCUCCCGUGCAGCAAAGGCUGAUUUAUGCUGGUAAGCAGCUUGCAGAUGACAAGACUGCCAAGGACUACAACAUCGAAGGUGGCUCUGUCCUCCAUCUUGUCCUUGCUCUGAGGGGUGGUUACUAGUAAAGCUAGCUAGUGGCACUACUUGCUUCAAUCUGCUCUAAUGGUUGAGAGAAGUGACUAUUGGUGGUAUGGAACUUGCAAAGAGAUAAUAACAAACUAGCUUUUCCUAGUGGGAGGGGCUGUCUUCCAUGCUAUUAUCUUGUAUGACUCGACAAAAUCACUCCCGAGUUUAUAUGCCUCUGCUGUGUGAGAAAAUCCAUUAUCAUCUUAAUUUGUUGGGUGGUGUUUGCAGAA